AUGGAUAUUGAAGCAUAUUUUCAAAGAAUUGGAUAUUCAGAGUCUAGGAGGAAAUUAGAUCUGCAGACACUAACUGACAUCCUCUAUCACCAGAUCCAAGCCAUUCCCUAUGAGGAUCUUAACCUGCAUUGUGGAGAAUCCAUGGUGUUGGACUUAGAGACCAUUUUUGAUCAGCUUGUAAGGAAGAAGCGAGGUGGCUGGUGUCUCCAGCUCAAUGGCCUCCUGCAUUGGGCUCUGGCCACAAUGGGAUUUGAGACCACAAUGUUGGGAGGUUAUGUUUACAACUCUACAGCUGGCAGGUAUAGCAAAGAGAUGGUUCACCUCAUAUUGCAAGUGACCCUCAGUGGCAAGAAUUACAUGGUGGAUGCUGGGUUUCCAUGCUCCUACCAGAUAUGGCAGCCUCUGGAGCUAGUUUCUGGGAAGGAUCAGCCUCAGGUACCUGGCAUCUUCCGUUUGAGAGAGGAAGAAGGAAUCUGGUACCUGGACCAAAUCAAAAGAGAACCGUACAUUCCAAAUAAAGAAUUUCUUAAUUCUGACCUCCUGGAAAAGAACAAAUAUCAGAAACUGUACUCUUUUACACUUAAGCCUAGAACAAUUGAAGACUUUGAGUUUGUGAAUACCUAUUUCCUCAGUCAGUAUGUGCUGCAGACCUUCCCAAGCUUAUAUGCAGAACAUCACUGCCACCCUGGGGGAUCCAGCCCAGGGCGCCAGAAGCCGUAUGAGCAGCAGGAUUCUAGUGAGAGCUUUUGGAGUGAAAGUCCAGAAAUCAGCACAAUGCUAGACUUAGAGCUGGACUCAGCCCAGAGAUUUGGAGCAGUCACCUACAGCGUGGGUGACCGAGACUAUGGAUUGAAGCCGGACUUCACCACAGACCAGAGAUUCCUCUUCCAGGAGAAGCCUAGCAUUUGUAGUGAGUGUGGACAAGUGUUUAAAUACAAAUCAACUCUGAUCAGACACCAGAGGAUACACUCUGGGGAGAAACCAUAUGUGUGCAAGGACUGUGGGCGAGACUUUACUCAGAAGUCGCAGCUUCGCACACACCAGUGGACACACUCAGGAGAAAAGCCUUACAUGUUUCUUAAGUGUGGGUAA